AUGGGAAAGGACAAGUACGAAAACGAGGAGCUGUUGAAAUAUGGCUUCCCGGAGGACAUUUGGUUUCAUGUUGACAAGCUGUCUUCAGCGCAUGUGUAUCUUCGACUUCCAUCAGGCAGUAUUGACCUUGCUGGCGCCAACAAGGCCGAGGCCAAGCAGAGGCUGCUGGAUGCGAUCGCUUCUGUGCCGGAAGAAAUCCUGAUGGAGAUGGCCCAGCUUACAAAAGAGAAUUCCAUCGAAGGCUGCAAGGCCGCCCAGUGCGACAUCGUCUACACCCCGUUCCUUAACUUGAAAAAGGAGGACCACAUGGAAGUCGGCCAGGUCGGCUUUAAGGAGGAGUCCUUCCGAACGUUGAUCAAGCACGUGUCCAAGGACAAGGACACAGUCAAAAGGCUUGAGAAGACGCGCGUCGAGAAGCCUGUUGACCUCGCAAAGGAGAAAGAGGAGCGAGACAACGAAGAGCGAGCAAGAAGAAGAAAGAUCAUCGAGGAGCGGAAGAAGGCUGACAAGGAGGAAACCAAGCGUCAUCUCGAAGAGAAGGAGCUCAAAAGCUAUGCCGCUCUCCAAAACCUGGAGAAGACAUCCAAUAUAGGCGUUAGCAAGACUGGCUCUAUUGAGGAGUGCCGGCAGCUUGAGGAUGAUUUCAUGUAA